AUGGUAAAGAAUCACCUAGCAACGGCAACUGAUACCACAACUACCACCACCAACACCACCAUGGAUAACACGUUUCUAUCUAAUAAACCCAGACGUAAAUCAACAUCAUCAUCAAUAAAGAAUCAUCAUCACCAUUAUUAUCACCACCACCACAAUAAUUCUAAAUCAUUAUCUUUAUCAUUAUCACCUAACAAUUUAACAAAUUUAUCAUCAUUAUCAUUAUCUCGACCAAAACCAACCAUGAUUAAAAGAAGAAAUUCAUCAUUUGCUAAUUCUACUUCACCUUGGUAUAGACGUAAUUCUUUUUUAUCAUUAUCAAUGAUUCAAGAUGAAAAUUUCCAAGUUUAUGAAAAUCUGAAAUAUUAUACUAAUGAAAUUUAUAAUAUUAUAUCAUUAAAACAAUGUCAAGGAUUUAUAUUUAAUCAAGAUUUAUUUGCUACUCCUUUUCAACAACUGAGAAGUUUAGCAAUUGAAAGAAAAACUAAACGAUUAAAUAAAGAGAAGAAAAUGAAAUUAUUGCUGUUACAACUGCAACUGCAACUGUUGCUGUUGCUACGAAAUGAUGAUGAUUGUUUAAGAAGACAUAGUAGUUAUCAUCCUAAUGAUAUCAGACCAAGAUUUGUUAUUGUUGAUGAUAAAAGAAAUAAUAUUGAUAAUGAUAGUGCCAUAAUUGAUGAUGAUGAAGAAGAAGAAGAGGGGGAGAAGGAAGAGAAGGAGGAGAAAGAACAAACGAAAGGGGAAGAUGAAGUUAUGAUGGAUGUGGAUAUGGAAGAAAAGAAUAAUAUUAAUGACAAGGAUGAGAAACAACAAGAACAAGAACAUGAACAAGAACAUGAACAAGAACAUGAUAGAUCAGUUAUUUUCAAUAAUGAUGAUAACGAUGGUGAUGUUAUUGAAUUUGAAGAUAAUAAUAAUGAUGCUAUGCUGGUAGAUUCAAUUAAUUCUAUUGAUUUAGAUGAUUCAGAUGAUGAACUAGAAGAAGAAGAAGAAGAUGAUGAAGAAACUAGUCACAAUAGUCAUGCCGAUGAUUAUGAAGAAAUGGAAGGAUAUGGUGGUGAUAAUAAUAAUCGAAGAUAUAAAGUACCAGUUACAGAAAUUAUUAUUAAUGAAAAUGAUAAUAAUAUUUUCCCCGAAUAA